AUGACAGGCCCCCACGGCACUUCGACACUGGUGACGGUGGCCACUUGCAACCUGAACCAAUGGGCUUUGGACUUUAACGGCAAUUUGGAACGCAUCUUGGAAUCCUGUCAACAAGCCAAGGCUCAAGGCGCCACUUACCGUCUGGGUCCGGAAUUGGAGAUUUGCGGCUAUGGCUGUGAAGACCACUUUUUGGAACAAGACACAUUUGCCCAUUGUUGGGAGAGUUUGGCCGAGCUCUUGGAUCGAGGAGCUACCGAUGGGAUGCUCUGUGAUUUUGGCAUGCCCAUUCUCUUUGGUGGAGCGCGCUACAAUUGCCGUGUCCUGGUACGAGACAAGCAAAUUCUACUGGUGCGACCCAAGACUUCCAUGGCCGAUAAUGGCAACUACCGAGAAUCACGCUACUUUACCGCUUUUACCAGUGGCAGCGAGACCAUGUUGUUGCCACGCAUCUUUCAAGAAAAAUUUCAACAGACAUCCGCGCCCUUUGGGACUCAAUACGUCCAAUUUCGAGAUGGAAUUUCAGUCGGAUGCGAAAGUUGCGAAGAACUAUGGACGCCGCGGGCCACGCAUAUUGAUCUGGCAUUGCAGGGAGUGGAAAUCAUUGGCAAUGGUUCGGGAAGUCAUCACGAAUUGCGAAAACUCAAUCAACGACUCGAACUCAUUGUCUCGGCCACACGCAAAUGUGGAGGUGUCUAUUUAUAUGCCAAUCAGCGAGGAUGUGAUGGAGGGCGCCUCUACUUUGAUGGAGGAGCACUCAUUGCCUGUAAUGGACAAGUGCUGGCACAAGCCAAGCAAUUUGAUGUGCAAGAUGUACAAGUCAUUACUGCAACCAUUGAUUUGGAUGAUGUCCGAUCCUACAGAGCUUCCAUCCCGUCCUUUGGCAUUCAAACAGCCAUUACGCAUCAAGCUCGAAACAAUCAACACUCCUUUGUCGAUUGUCCCACCUUUGAGCUUGUCCCGGCAAAUACUCCAAAGCUGGUUCCCUCGUUACCUCAAGAACUUGACAUUCAUUGUCCUGAAGAAGAAUGUUGCCUGGGCCCGGCCUGUUGGCUCUGGGAUUACCUAAGACGAUCGGGUGCUGCUGGAUUCUUCUUGCCAUUGUCGGGUGGAGCCGACUCGUCUUCGGUAGCCACUAUUGUCGGUGCCAUGUGUCAUGUGGUGGUGGAGGCAAUCCAACAAAAUCCUAACGGUACCGUGGCGGCCGACUGUCGAAGAGUUUGUCGUGUCGAUGAUGACCAGUGGAUCCCGCAAACACCCCAGGAACUAGCCAAUUACGUGCUACACACGACAUUCAUGGGGACGGAAAACUCGUCCGAAAAGACCACCUCCCGGGCCAAGCGUUUGGGCGAAUCGGUGGGGUCCUAUCAUUUGUCCAUCAAGAUCGAUUUAAUGGUCGAAGCCGUCAUUAAGGUAUUCUCCAUGACCACCAACAAGACUCCUCGAUUCACCGUCCACGGGGGAACCAAUGCCGAAGAUUUGGCUUUGCAAAACAUUCAGGCAAGACUGCGCAUGGUCACGGCAUAUCUGUAUGCACAACUGCUCCCAUGGGUGCGAGGACGGUCCGGGUUCUUGUUGGUAUUGGGGAGUGCCAAUGUCGAUGAAGGAUUGCGUGGAUACAUGACCAAGUACGAUUGUUCCUCGGCGGAUUUGAAUCCCAUUGGGGCCAUUUCCAAGGGAGACCUCAAGCGCAUGCUAUUCUGGGCUUCGGACAAGUAUCAAUGGCCCGUGCUCGCAGAAAUUGCCGGAGCCCCACCCACGGCGGAACUACGACCCAUUGCCGACGCCAACACGGAUCCGUCGGCAGAACAUUCUCAACUAGAUGAAGAAGAAAUGGGCAUGUCGUACGCCGAGCUUGGGCUUUACGGGACACUACGGAAGCUCUCCCGGUGUGGCCCGGUGUCCAUGUAUCGCAAACUGAACGUCACUUGGGGCCACUUGUCCUCUCGUGAAGUGGCAGAAAAGGUCAAGAGAUUCUUUUUCUAUUACUCGGUCAAUCGCCACAAGAUGUGCACCAUCACCCCCGCUUACCACGCGGAGGGAUACUCGCCCGAUGACAAUCGUUUCGAUUUGCGUCAGUUCCUCUACAAUGUCAAGUGGGACCGACAGUUUUCGGUGAUAGACGAACUCGUGGAGCAGAGUGAAAAAUCAGUAGCAUUGAACUGA